AAAAUCAGCUGGACAAUGAAAUAGAAAAUGUCAAAACUUUGUUAUUAAAAUUUUAAAUUCCAAUUUGUGUGGAAAAUGGAUUCAAAUUAUGUCAAAUCCAUUAUAGAAGGCCUGAAAUCAUCAUCUUCUAGUCGUGUCCAAGAAACCCUGUUAAAAAUAAGGAAUAAAGUCAUCAGCAAUGACACUGGAAUCAAACUUUUUAGGGAAUGUGGUGGCUUAGAAUAUUUGUUGCCACAUUUGCGAAAGCCCAAUGAAAGAAUACUUGAUAUUACCUUAAGUAUACUCGGUAAUUGUUGUCUUGAAGAAGAAAGCAGCUUGGUGGUUGGUAAAUACAGUUUUGCACCAUUGGUGAAUAUUAUAAAAACAGUGUGCCGUGAUAGCAUAGUUGGUAGAGCAUGCAGAGUAAUUGGGAAUCUGGCACAAAGAAACACUAAUGCAGAUGGCUUACACAAUCAUGGUGCUGUGACUGCACUAGUUACACUCAUUGAGAACAGAGAUAAGAAUACUUCAUACCCUACCCUCACUAUGGCUGUGCGGGCUAUCAGGCAACUAUGGAUGGUAAACGAAAAAAGGGAAGAGAUGCUUAGUUUAAACUCAGUCCGAUGCAUAGCAAUACUACUGACAACUGAAUGUGAGACUGCUGGUAUUAUUAAAUCUACCACUAUAGCACGUGAAAUGGAAGGUCUAAGGAAGAGUCAAGAAGAACUUAUUACUGGGAUAUUGAAGUGUCUUGGAUACUUUACUACCCAUUCUACUGCACAAUGUGCUGAACAGAUCCAAGGAGAUGGUAGAGGGUAUCAGUGUCUAGUAGCACUAACAAAGAGGUUUGAGUCAUUGGCUUUGAAGUGUCUUAUGAAUCUAUGCUACCUGUCAAGCUGUCGCCCUUUACUGGGCAUUGCAGGGUUUGUAGAGUGUUUAGUGGGCAUACUACAGAAAAAUACAGAUGUUGCUUCUUGGCCGGAAGGUACGGCGCAAGCCCUGGCACAGCUGAGUGGUGAAUCUGUGAACCGAUCGCGUUUACGACACUGUGGCGGCUUACCAUUGUUGGUAGCCGCAGCAAGAAUUAACCCACACGCCAUGCACGCACUUCUCCAAUACGUUUUUGACGACACUUCAUUCCAAAUUUUAGUUAAUGAAGGUCUUGUAAGCUUGCUUACUGAUGAACUCACUGCAUAUCUAACUACAAUGAAAGACGAGCAUUCUAAUACGGAGCAUAAAACAGUUGUUACCGAAUCAAAUAAUAAAAUCCAAGAAAGUUCAAAAGAAGUUAAAUCUGAUGUUGAAAUGCCACCUUCUGAACCUAGCUCAAGCAGUGUUGAAGGAAAAGCAAGUCUUUUUGCACGACGUAAAGGUCCAUUAUCUGGGCAAAAUGAAGAUGAAUUGAAGGUAGUAAUAGAAAGAGACAAUAUGAUCGUAGGAUUUGUGGAUGCGGUUGAUAGUGACGCUACAGAUGAUAGUCAGAGUGAAGACGAAGUAUCGCCUAAUAGACGUAAGGGCCUGAAGAGAGCUAGGUCUAAUAGCCCGAAAACCAUUAAAAAGAAAUCACAACUGAUUAAAAUGGCCAGUAAGGAUUGGUCAGCUGGUGUUUAUUGGGAACCCAAAAGUCCUGAAUGGCCCACAAACCCACAAGCGUCAGGAUCGCGAGUAUCUAUGAGCCCAGAUAGGGGAGAUCAUGGCCCAAUGUCUCCAUAUUCCGAUGGAUGUCAGUCUGGCUUCAGCCCAGAGUACAGAGGAUUUUCGUCUAAUAAGCGUGCUAGGUGGGACUGGAGUCCUGAGUCAGGCGUCAGUUCUGGUGACGCCAGUUCUAUGUCGCCUUAUUGGACUGACUAUCAGUGGAGCCCCAGUAGUUCUGGAGGGCCCACAUCACCUUAUAGCAAUAAAGAAGAUAGUUCUGAUUCAGAAAUAUCUGGUCGUUACUCGCCCGUGUGCAGUGACAACGAGGGUGAAAUAGUGGACUUAGCCGGGCCUAGUAACGCAGCCGCUGAACUUGAUGCGGCGCAAGUGGCGCAUGAUCUCGACGAACUCAUCAUGGAAGACGACGAGAGUAUCGAAGAAGAAACUCCUUUAGAAGAUGCUGCCAAAUUGGUCACAAAUACUAAAUCUUCUCGCAUUGCGUGUGUACUGGUACUACUGUUUCGCGUUUCGCACGGAGCUUGUAGUUCAUUUGGUGCCAUUCGCGAGGAACCAGUGCCCAACCAAACACUGGAACUGUUGACGGGACGGGAGUGCCUGAAUGCUCUCUUAGACUACGUGGAAAGGUGCAAGCGACCUCUUGGACGAGCUGCUCGCAUUCUUGCUAGAGUAUUAAGUAAUGCUCUUUGCCUAAUGAGCAUAUUGAAACAUAGGUUAGCUCUACGACUACACUACAUGUCCGUCUCCUCUAAACAUCCGCCUACCAAAUGCCAGCAAUGCAAACAAAUCUUAAGGUUAAGUGCUAAACUGUUAAGUCAAUUGACGAUAUUGGCAGAGUCAAGUUAUGGUAUUGGUGAAAUAAGCUACCAGUUGCUCAAGGGAAGCUCGACCAUGAAGCAAACACUGUCGUUGACAUUACCCUACAUCGUAAGAACUGAAAAACCUCUCAAGAAGUAUUUGAUAGACUGCAGCGGACUCAACUUGUUAUUCUCCAUAAUAGCCGAAUCUAAAGAAGACAUACAAGAUUGCGUUACAGCAUUAGCAAAAUUAGCCAACAACGUGCACAUAAAAGACCCUAAAGUUCUUGAAAAUAGAUUCACAGGUCAAAUAUGUGUUAGUUACGAUCCUAUACUUGACAACUUGUCCAUUGACGAAAUUGUUACUUUUGAACUGGAUGACUUGACAACAGUUAAGGCAAACAGAGUAUUUUUAUGUCAAAACUCUGAAGUUUUUAGCGCCAUGUUGAUGGGAUGCUUCAAGGAAUCUGAAGAAAAAUGUGUCAGAUUGAAGAAUGUAACCAAACCUGCACUGGAAUAUCUUUUUACCUUAUUGCAUUUUGGAUUGAACAACCCCAAGAAUGAUGUCCAAAUUUUUCCAAUGGCUGAGAAACUGGAAACGAAUUUAGAAGUUCUUUUGUUAGCCGAUAGAUUCUUAUUCGAAAAACUCAAAGGACUACUGAGCAGUGCAAUCUUACAGUUCCAGUUAAAUCCGGAUACUGCUGAUAAGAUAUAUGUAUGGUCACUCAGUGAAGGCAUGGGCUUCUUGUGUGUAGAAUCAGUAGCUUAUUUGCUUACUGGUAAAAUGUGCGAGACGGAUCGAACAAAAUCUUUUAGGAAUAUACUUGAUUUAGAGUAUAAAGAACAAUGGCUUGAAGAUAUUAAGUCCAUGAUACUGAGACAGUUGGUUAAGUGAUCAUUAUUAUUAUUCAAAAUAAGGUCACAGAACUUUAUGAUUCCUGUUAUAGUAGCUUGAAUAUAAAUAAUUAAUUAACAAACGUUAUAACUGCCCCAUAUAGCAAUAUUUUACUAUGUUCAGAUAUUUUAAUAGGUUUAAAUUUAUCUACCUAAAUAUUAUGUUUAAUGCAUUUACUUUAAAUUUUAAAACAUUUAAAAAAUGAAUUUACCCACCAGUCAAUAUUUGUGAUAACAUAAUUUUAUACGUAAUUUAAUAUAAGCAAAUUACUGACGUUACUCCUUGAAUCGUCAUUUUGGACUCUAUUACUGUAUCAAAACAUUAAUUCAUGAAUUAAAACUACAAGUGUAGGUAGGUAUAUCUUUUUUAAUACUGAGUGUAUAUAAUAAAUGCUUAUAAUUGUAUCAUGUUUAGGAAUAAAUAAAAGUUAGGCUGCUUGAAACUGAUUAUAUUUACUUAUACAUUACAUUAUAUUAUAAAUUAUUAACACACCUUAUCAUUAGUUUGUCAUUAAUUAUGUCAAAAAUAAAAAUCCUUUAAAUUCCAAACCAAUCAAAUAUUUUUAAUGUGAGUUUGUCAUCGAGAUCUACGAGGAUUCGGGUAGAUAUUCAAGGAAAUUAUCAUAUAAGAAAUGCAUAGAGAGAAAUAUAUGACGUUCAUUGAUGGUAUGCAUGUAAGCUGAAAGAAAGAGUGAGUAUGAUGCUUUAAAUGAUUGAUGAAACCGUGGCAAUUGGGUAGUUUCAUAGGUCAAAAAUAAAUUAAUUCGACGUUUCAAUACGAUAAAAUAUUGAAAAAUAACUAUACUUUUAUUCAUCGAUCACUUGGUUUUAUAUUUUUUUUAGCUAAUUAUUAAGAAUUAAGUAAGAUAUUUGACGCAAAGAUGUUAUGACGAUAGUUGGAAACUAUCGUAUUGCAAAAGCAAAAGCCCAGGACAAACUAUAUAAUACAUUUAGAAAGUCCUGCAAGCCAGAAAGAGCUGUACCGGCUCUUUAGAAUGAGGGAAAGAAAGGCGAGGGAUGUUUGCCAGGUAAGAUGUGUAAGAGAUGAAAGUGGAAUGGUUCUAUCGGAUAAUGACAAAAACAAAGAGAGGUGGAAGGAAUAUUUUGAAAGACUUAUGAAUGAGGAAAAUAAUUGGAGUGGGGUUUUAGAGAAUAAACCAGUGAAUGUGGGGUUAGUGAGAAUUGUUAGUAUGGAGGAAGUUAGAGUAGCAGUGAAUGGAAUGAAAAAUGGUAAAGCCAUUGGCUCAGAUGGAAUACCAGUUGAGGUGUGGAAGUAAUUAAGAGUAGAUGGAUGGGUGUGGUUGGCUUUGUUCUUCAAUAAAUUGUUGCAGGAAGAAGCCAUACCUGAUGAAUGGUGCAACAGUUCUUUGGUGCCCAUCUUUAAAAACAAAGGUGAUGUGCCUGAGUGCAACAAUUAUAGAGGAAUAAAGCUAAUGUCGCAUACCAUGAAAGUAUGGGAGAAAGUUAUUGAACGGCGGCUGAGAGAAGGGAGUGAAAUUUCACAGAACCAAUUUGGUUUUAUGCCUGGUCGUUGUACAACGGAUGUCAUAUUUUCUAUACGCCAGUUGAGCGAAAAAUACAGAGGUGUACUUGCACAUGGUAUUCGUUGACCUCGAAAAGGCAUAAGACCGGGUACCUCGUGAGGUUCUGUGGUGGGCCCUUAAGGAGAAAGGUGUGCCUGGGAAAUAUGUGCAGUUGAUCCGAUCUAUGUAAAGUCGCUGCAGUACACAAGUUUGGUCUGCAGCGGGCACCACUAACAACUUCAACCAAGGGCCGACUCUCAGCCCUUACCUCUUCCUGAUAAGAAUAACGUCGGACAUUCAGGAAGAGGCUCCCUGGUCUAUGCUGUUUGCCGAUAAUAUUGUGCUGGUUGCCGAGAGCGCACUAGAGGUCCAGAGCAGAUUGGAGGUGUGGUGGCAAAGACUGAAGAGUGUUGGCCUAUAAUUGAGCAGAACUAAAACAGAGUACCUGUUCUGCGAUUUUGGCGGUCUCUCUAGUCCUGUGCCCAUUGCUCUCGCCGGAACGCCCAUACCAACCUGUUCUGAUUUUCUGUACCUUGGAUCGCUUAUCCAAGGGAAUGGUGAGAUAGACCGAGACUCGGAUCAACUCAGGAUGGAUGAAAUGGCGACAGGUCACUGGAACAACUUGCCACACACGGUU